CGAUUCCUGUGAUUCUGAGAGCUGAAGUUUGCUCAUUCCGCUUCUUGCUUCGUCAGAUCUGUGAGAAGGUGCGGUUGCAGGCAAGCCUUCGUCGCAAUGGGAGGAGGGGGGCUUGCAUUUGAUAUGUUGUGCACAUUUCUGCAACCAAUGCCGCUGUAACAGCGGUGGCGUUUUGCGCGUCCUCCUUGGCGAUCAAGUGGUCCCCUAUUGGCCACCAGCAAGCGAGCAGUUAGAGAAAAAUGAAGUGCUCACAAUCUUGUCUCGUUGUCUUUGUGGUCUUUGUUCUUGUGUCAGAUGCAGCAUGUCUGCAGGUUACUAGAGAUGUGCCACCACUCAAAGACACAGAGUGGUCAGCAGUCCAAGGUGAAGCCCAUGCAGCCACAAGCACGCCGCAUUUUCUUGGGCCAGGAGUUUGUCGUGUGGCGGCAGAGUGGACGAGCAGGAGCAUCUAUGAGAUCGUGGUCGAUCGGUUCGCACCCGACCAGAGCAUCACUCUUUGGUGUGGUGAUCUGUCAAAGUAUUGUGGGGGCACCUUUGCAGGCAUCACCGACAGGCUCGACUACAUCCAGGGCAUGGGCUUUGAUGCUAUUUCUAUCUCCCCAGUCAUUGAAAAUGUCGAUGGAGGGUAUCACGGUUAUUGGCCUAAGGACUUGUUCAACCUGAACGGUCACUUUGGAAGUGCAACCAGCCUCAAGCGUUUGAUCCAAGAGUGCCAUUCGCGGGGCAUCUGGGUCAUGGUCGAUGUUGUCAUGAACCACAUGGGCGGCGUGACCGACACGCUCGUCCAGAACUUCUCCCCCUUCAACGAGUCAAGCCACUACCACGACUGCUACUACAACUGCUGUGGCAACUGCGGUUGCUGCUCGACCCAAGUCAAGGACUGCAAGGAGGAGGAUACCUUCACCACCGAAAGUUGCCGAGUCUCCCCGCACUUGAUCGAUUUGGACCAGAGCCACCCGUAUGUGGAGCAACGCCUCCUGGAGUGGCUUCACUGGAUCGUGUCCGAGUUUGGCUUCGACGGGCUGCGCUUUGACGCCGUCAAGCACGUCAGCAAAUCCUUCUGGAAGAAGUUGAAGGCCUCCAGCCCCUGCUUUUUCCUGGGCGACGUCCCCACUGACUCGGCCUGCUUCCUCGCGAGUUACCAGAGCGCGCGCACAAUGGACGGACUUCUCGACCACCCAACGGCCGCCACGUUGCGGUCGGUCUUCGGCAAGGCCGCCCCGAUGACGCUGCUCGCAGCACAGCUGCAAACGACGCGCGACGCGUUUGUGAACGGAUCCACCGCCCUGUUGGGCACGUUCCUCGACACUCACGCGUUGCCCCGCUUCCUUGCAUUUCAGCCCAACCAGUCACUUCUCAAAGGCGCGUUGGCAUGGACGUUUUUGUCCCAAGGGAUUCCAGUUAUGUAUUAUGGGACGGAGCAGGGGCUCUCCGGAGGUGCUGAUCCGGAAAACCGGGAGCCUCUAUGGUACUCCGGUUUUAAUAGUCGAGCUGGUUUGUACUCGUAUGUGAAACAAUUGCAAGAGGUGAGGAAAGAGUACCGGGUAUGGGAGCAUGAGCCCGUGCACGUUCAUGCAGAGGAGGGGCUUUACAUGUUCAUGAGGGGCCCCUUGCUUGUCGUUCUGACCAACUCAAUAAAUGGGGGUGAGUUCGAGGGUGUUCUUGAACGGUCCAAGUCAAAUGAAAGCAAGUUUUGUGACAUUCUUGCCGAGCAGCCAAGCGUGGAUUGCUUCGACGUGCCCGAACCCGGGCACAAACUGAAGCUUUCCGUACAGGGAUACAGUACAAAAGUCUAUGCUCCUUUCACUGUUAGAUAGGAAGGUACCUAGUUAUAUAGUGAAGCACGCUUAAGGUACAUGCAAAAGGAGAGAGCUAACGUUAGUGCAAGCAGUGCAUUCGUUGGAUUCGUCCUGUAAAGAACAUCUUUGCCCCUUGAUUUAGAAAAAGGACAAUCUUUUAUAGAUUGUCAUCCUUCUACCGGUCUUAUGUUCGUAGUGACCACAAUAAGGAGCAUCUUGUAAUGCACAUGUGUUGCAUCAACUUGAAGGCAC